AUGGACGCGGCUGAUCCAUACAACUGGCCCUUCGCUACGGACGCCGGCCCAUCUUUCUCCUCUCGCUACUGCUCAGCUGUAUCUGUAACAUCGGCUGCGCCAGGAGUCCGCGUUGAUUAUCGGAGUCAGCUUCGUUCCGACGGCGCUGUUGCACUGGCAGGGGAGGAGGCUGAGGGGUGA